AUGGCCUCGAUAUAUGCCGGCAGCACCGUGACCAUUGCUGCAACCAUGUCGGUCUCUGAUCUUGAGGGCUUUACUGCUCUAUCGCCACCUGAACACAUUUCCCGGAAGUUUACCUACCUCUCAGAGACCGGAAUACCCCACACCUUUCAUGCCCGCAAAACCCUCGCCCAUGGGCACACGCCAAAGCCCUAUCCCCUCCUUACCAGAGGCUGGGUCUUGCAGGAACGACUGCUCUCACCUCGCGUUGUGCACUUCACGCGUGAUGAAAUCAUAUGGGAGUGUAUGGAGCGUACUACCUGCGAAUGUGGUUGUAUCCGGUUUCUAUGGUCGCCAGGGUGGGUACCCUUCAACAAAAAUCUGCUUCAUGAACCGAACUUGUCCAUGAUGUCAAGAGCUGAACUGAAUGCAACCUGGCACCAGAUUGUACAGGAAUACUCCCGGCUCAAUCUCACCUUUAGUCGCGAUCGGUUGCCGGCCAUCUCGGGUGCGGCGAGAAUUCUAUCCCAGUUCCAAGGGUCUGCCUAUUAUGCGGGAUUAUGGAGAGCUAGCUUUGUGAGAGACAUGAUGUGGAAGAGACAUGGAUCGAGCCAAAAAUCCAAAAAGCUCGACAAAACCCCAUCGUGGUCCUGGGCUUCGAUAAACGCCGAGGUCACUUACAAUGAGGAUGCUAUUACCACUACCGAAAUGGUGGCUGUGAUGGAUAUCAUCAUGGAACCUAUUGCUACAAACGAUCAAUUUGGCACCGUACGUGGCGGAUUAGCUGUGCUCUCCGGCUUCCUUGUUUCUUCCCACCAGGUGAGGGCAAUGUUGAGGUUAGACGACCAAGAAGGGGAUCUAUACCGAGCUCUGCAAGGCCUAGGGGCCUUGAGUCUUGAUGUUGACGAAUACAGCGUUGCCGAGUCCAACAUAUACUUCUUCAAAUUAUCUGUGCAGACUCUUGUCAGCAGCAAGGCAAGAAACCAGGAGGUUUCAAUAAUAUUGCUGAGUUCUGGUAGUGGGGCAUGUGUCUACCGUAGAGUGGGCUUACUAGAAAGGACUUUUGAAGGACCGCAGCCAGAGAUUGACAUCUAUAAAGAUGUAGACGAAACAACUACUGUAUCCAUCGUCUAA